GUUGACGGCGUGCAAAGCCACAAGGUUAUUAAACCACAGGUUAUGGCACCAUGGAUGGGUACACCGACCCCUUGGCUGUACUUUACCUCCCCUCCGGCCCAUCCAGCAGACUUUGCGCGGCCUGCGCCACGCCCCCUCCCUCCCUCCCGGGGCCGCACGCGCACGCGCAUGCGCCACUGGUCCCUGCGGUGUUAAGGAGUUGAGGAGGUGGCGAGGGGUCUCCGAGGUUUGGCUUCCCGGUGGGCUGCUAGUUUCGGCCCCUGACGCUCUGAGCUUGCGGAGGGAGGCGGCGGGAAGAGGUGGGAUGACAGAACGUCAGCUCCAGUUCGUGCAGCCCAGCGACGGACGCGAGGAGCUGGUGUCGGGUGGUAAGGUGGUGGCGCAGGCGCUGAAGGCGCAGGAUGUGCAGUACAUGUUUGGCGUCGUGGGCAUCCCGGUGACCGAAAUCGCCCUUGCCGCCCAGGAGCUGGGCAUCAGGUACAUCGGGAUGAGGAACGAGCAGGCGGCUUCUUAUGCUGCCUCUGCAGUUGGAUAUCUGACUGGCAGGCCAGGAGUGUGCCUCGUUGUUUCUGGCCCAGGUCUCACCCAUGCCUUGGCUGGUAUGGCUAAUGCAAACAUGAACUGUUGGCCCCUGAUUGUGAUUGGUGGUUCCUCUGAAAGAAAUCAAGAAACAUUGGGAGCCUUUCAGGAGUUUCCUCAGGUUGAAGCUUGUAGAUUAUAUAGCAAGUUCUCUGCUCGGCCACCCAGCAUAGAAGCUAUUCCCUCUGUCAUUGAAAAGGCAAUGAGAAUCAGUAUCUAUGGUCGUCCAGGUGCUUGUUAUAUUGAUAUACCUGCAGAUUUUGUGACCCUCGAGGUGAAUAUGAACUCUAUAAAGUAUAAAGAGUGCUGCAUGCCACCUCCUAUUAGCAUGGCAGAAGCCUCUGCUGUUUGUCUGGCAGCAUCUGUUAUUAGGAGUGCCAAGCAGCCCCUUCUUGUUAUUGGGAAAGGUGCUGCUUAUGCACAUGCAGAGGAAAAUAUCAGGAAAUUGGUGGAGCACUGUAAAUUGCCGUUUUUGCCCACUCCUAUGGGCAAGGGUGUUGUCCCUGACAACCAUGCAAACUGUGUAAGCGCAGCCAGAUCCAGAGCUUUGCAGUUUGCUGAUGUGAUAGUCUUAUUUGGUGCCAGACUAAAUUGGAUUUUACAUUUUGGACUGCCUCCAAGAUAUCAGCCAGAUGUGAAGUUUAUCCAGAUUGAUAUCUGUGCAGAAGAAUUAGGAAAUAAUGUAAAGCCUGCUGUGACUCUGCUAGGGGACAUAAAUGCUGUUACUAAACAGCUUUUAGAACAAUUUGAUAAAACACCAUGGCAGUAUCCUCCAGAAAGCAAGUGGUGGAAAAGUUUGAGAGAAAAAAUGAAGAGCAAUGAAGCUGCGUCCAAGGAAUUAGCUUCCAAAACAUCUCUGCCUAUGAAUUAUUAUACAGUGUUCUACCAUGUUCAAGAACAGUUGCCCAAAGACUGUUUUGUGGUAAGUGAAGGAGCUAAUACCAUGGACAUUGGACGCACUGUGCUUCAAAACUACCUUCCUCGUCACAGGCUUGAUGCUGGUACUUUUGGAACAAUGGGAGUUGGUUUGGGAUUUGCCAUUGCAGCUGCUCUGGUGGCUAAAGAUAGAAACCCCGGGCAGCGGGUCAUCUGUGUGGAAGGAGACAGUGCAUUUGGGUUUUCUGGCAUGGAAAUGGAAACCAUCUGCAGGUACAACUUGCCAAUCAUUGUCUUGGUGGUGAACAAUAAUGGAAUUUACCAAGGUUUUGAUGCAGCUACUUGGAAAGAAAUGGUAAAAUUUCAAGAUGCUGUCACAGUGGCUCCUCCAAUUUGUCUCCUGCCAAACUCACAUUAUGAGCAGGUCAUGACUGCAUUUGGAGGCAAAGGGUAUUUUGUACAAACACCAGAAGAACUACAAAAAUCCCUGAAGCAGACCUUGGAAGACACAACUAAACCUUCUCUUAUCAAUAUCAUGAUUGAGCCACAAGGCACACGUAAGGCCCAGGAUUUUCACUGGCUCACCCGCUCUAAUAUGUAAAUAAAGACAUCAGUCCAUGGUUUUGAGGGAUUUUUUUCUUUCCUACAAGGCAGAAUUUUAUUUUCCACAGAAAAUUGCUAUAAUGUUAAAAUUGUGCAAAGAAAAAUGAAAAAUAUUUUAAAUUACAUUUUAUAAUAAAGGAACUUAUUAAAAACAGAAAGUUACUGAUAUGGAUUGGUUAUGAUUGGAUUUUUUUUUUUUUUUGGUGCCGGGGAUUGAACUCGGGUCCUUGUGCUUGCAAGGCAGGCCACCGAACUGAGCUAAAUCCCUGGCCCGGUUAUGAUUGGAUUUUAAGUGUUUCCCAAGGCUAAAAGGUUUGUGGUACUAUGGGAAGGUGGUGGAAACUUUACAAGGUAGGGCCUACUGGAAGGAUUUAGAUCCUUGUGGGUGUGCCCUUGGGGGGAUUGGAACC